UUAAGUAUGAGAAUGAAGCUAGUAAAUAUUGGGACACAUUUUAUAAGAUUCAUAAGAAUAAGUUUUUUAAGGAUCGUAAUUGGCUGUUGAGGGAAUUUCCUGAAAUUAUUCCAGUUGAUCAAAAAACUGAAGAGGAGAUGCAAGAAUCAUCGUGGGAUAAUGUCAAAACUGGUGCUGCAGAUUGUUUCUCAAGAACGCACUGUCCUACUAUGCCUGAAGAAAAAAAUCAUAGCAAGAAAAGGUGUGGGUCAUCAGAUGGUCCAAGCAAAGCAAGAUCUCAUUUUUCCAACCUAGACUCUAAAGAGCACAGCCAAGGACCUCUGAAGACUGAGCUAUUUCCUGGAAGCAGUGCUACUUUUAGGAUCCUUGAGGUUGGCUGUGGUGCAGGAAAUAGUGUUUUUCCAAUUUUGAACACUUUACAGAAUGCUCCAGACUCCUUUCUUUAUUGUUGUGAUUUUGCUUCUGGAGCUGUGGAACUAGUGAAGUUGCACUCAUCCUACAGAGCAGCUCAGUGUUGUGCCUUUGUUCAUGAUGUUUGUGAUGAAGACUCACCCUACCCAUUUCCAGAUGGGAUCCUGGACGUCAUUCUUCUGGUCUUUGUGCUCUCUUCUAUUCAUCCUGACAGGAUGCAAGGUGUUAUAAACCGACUGUCCAAGUUACUGAAGCCUGGGGGAAUGCUGUUAUUUCGGGACUACGGAAGAUAUGAUAAGACUCAGCUUCGUUUUAAAAGGGGGCACUGCUUAUCUGAAAAUUUUUAUGUUCGAGGAGAUGGUACCAGAGCGUAUUUCUUUACAAAAGGGGAAGUCCACAAUAUGUUCUGCAAGGCUGGGUUAGAUGAGAAGCAAAAUCUGGUUGAUCGUCGCUUACAAGUUAAUAGGAAAAAACAAGUGAAAAUGCACCGAGUGUGGGUUCAAGGCAAAUUCCAGAAACCACUACACUUGACUCAAAAAACCUCCAAGUUGGUAUUGACACUCCUUUCUCAUGGCUGAGUUCUGUACCAUGGUAAGGUACAAACCAGAAGAUUACAGUAUUCAAAGACUUCUGUAAAUCUUUCAUUUUUAAAAGGGAAGACAGGACAAUUUGUAUAUCCUGCUGUUCAUCACGGGUGAGCUCUUUUUGUUCAUUUUAAGCACUUGUAAAUGAUUCGGACGAGUAUACCAUAUUCUGUAUUUUCAAAACUUACUAUGCUCAAGCUUGUUUGGGCUUAUUGUGUCUAACUGUUUUGUUUGUUCUUUCAAUUUUAUAAGCAUUCAAGUAAAUGGCUGAUAUAAGUCAGAUGAUUCUGAGAAAAUAUACCCUGCCAUUUUUUAGAAGUGGGAGAAAAACUAUUUAUAUACUAGUCUCACACAGUUAAAUUUUCUUUCUCUCUUAUCUGAGAGCAGAGAGGCAGCUCUCCUCGUUUCCUUGGCCAGUCACAAAACCAAGACUAAGGUGUAUUCUUUGUUAUGUUGUUGUCUGUUUUUCCUAAAACUCUUUUUUUUUCAAUUCAGAAACUAAUGUCUAAAAUAGAAUUUUAGUUUCUCUUUCCUUUCCUAAAAUUGGGGAAGUAUGACCCAAGCUAACAUUUUCAGACUAUUCUUGGGCAUACAAGUUGUUGUAAGCUCUCUUUAAGACAACUGCUAUACACAAGAAAAUCCUUAAAUUGUAGCAAUUAAAAGUUUAUUUACCACCUUGCCUCAAAAAGGGUAUAAGUUGGCUUGCAAAUUGCCCUUUGUAAAAACAGAGUUUCUAAGAUUGGUUUUUCAUUUGUUAUACAACGUAUACAGGGUACUUACAUUGUCCUAAAUUAUAUGGACUAAUACAACAAAGACUCAGCCCUGUCUUCAGGGAGCAUAAAUAGGAUCUGGCUGGCAAAGAAAAACGUGCACAUCCCAAGCCUCUCAAUCACAAUCUCAGAUAAUAUAUGAACAGGUGUCAAAUAGGGAACUUACCAGCUGGAGGACUUUGGUUAUGAGCCACAGAAAUCUGGAAGACAUGGGUAAUCUCUUAAAGGAUCACCGUUGGAAAAAUUUAGUUCCCACUGUUUUUUCCUUUUUGAAUUCACUUAAAAUUCAGUUUUCUGUAAGAAUGUGAUUGGUCCAACUUGGGUCAUGGAUUCAUCUCCUGACAGAUUGUGGUAGGGUGUCUUCAUUGAUGAUGCUACCUGAAGGUAUGGAGUGGAGAAAAGUUCCUCAAAGGAAAGUGAAGACCCUGUUAUCAAGAAAAAGAGAAGAGGCAUGCUGCCCAGUCACAAACAUGUCACGCAGUAGUAGUAGCAGCAGUAAUAGUGGUUCCAAAGAGAAAGGUUAGCUUGGUAGGAUGGAAAGGGAAAGUAUCAGUGUUCUGGGGGCAGUGGGUGUGGAUGUCAGGCUAGUCCUUGAACAUGUGCUCUCAGAAGAUGAUGAAAGACAAGUGUGUUUGGUGUGGACCAUUCAUGAUGAGGAAUCUUGGAUAGAUAAGGAGGAGGUCAGCUUAUAGACAGCUUUGAAUAGCAAGGCACAUCUGUGGGGUGGGGGGUGCCUGGGUGGCUCAGUCAGUUCAGCAUCCAACUCUUGAUUUCU